CAUAUAAUUAAGCGUAACUCAAAACAGCGGGUGAGUGAUUAAGAGUUGAAUUGGGACAGGAGGUAUAAAUGCACGUCGCAGCCCAAAUACUGGUUUCCUGUGUUCAGUAAAGUGAGGUCAUGGAUAAACCAAAUGUAUUCUCUGGUGUGGCUAAAGCCCAAAGUGUUGAGGGAUCCCCUCUCCUGGAUCUGGAUACAGGCCUCUUUUUGGAUCCUGGUUCAUCUAUUUCUGUGCCAUCCUUUGACCUACAGCAGAGUUUGCAAGGUGUACACACAUCCCGUUCAAAGAUCGUGGUGGAGUACACUGAGGUUGGCUCCUCCACCACGGCACCUCUGUGCUACCCUGCCAGUGUGCUGUCCCCUUCCUUGGCCCUCCAAGUCCAAUCCCCCUUAACUCAGCACCACACUCCUGAGCCCAAUAAAGGGCUCACCAUUCCUGUGGAGGUCCUGUCGUCUACACCGCGUGAGGGGGAACAACCAAAACCUGCGCUGGCUAGUUCGCUCAAUCUGUCCUGCAUCGACCUCACAACCUCCCAGCCAUCCUGGGAGGUUUCCCUCAUUAAACGUGCUUCGGACAGUCCCCAAUGCAACCCGUUCAACGAGCCCACCUGGAGCCCCAAGUGCCAGUCUGAGUUCCUUUCCCUGGGCGAGGUUUCCUCCCUGAUCCGGUCUGGCACUGCCCUGCAGGCCAGCAUAUGCACUGAAUCUCACAGGCCCUGGAGGGAGCCCCCUCUCCUGGCAUUAAGCCAGACAUCCUCGAUCAAUACCUCUGACCACUGGCAAAACCACACAUCCAUCCUCUCUCCUCACGCUGAGAACAAAGACCUGAGCCUGGGCAGCUAACACAGGACCACAGUGCUGAUGCCCUGCACUGGUGAGUUCAGCAGUAUACACCACCUCAAAUGCAGGGGUAAACCCAUCCAAAGAUCAUAUGUAGGUUUAUGACCAUGUCAAAUUAUUUUGAUACUUUUCAUAUCCAUUUUGAGAGUCUUGGACCUUGAAUUUGAUAUUUCACAAGGACAUUGGAUAUAAUGUACCCUUUUGGUCUUGACAAAAGAUCCCUUUUAAAAAAUAUAUAUAUAAAUUUCCAUUGGUUACGUAACUGGUAUACUUCAUUGAUUUGGGCCAGUUGUGAUCAGUCAAUUGUAUUCUACAACAUGAAAAUGUGCUUUCCUGUAAGUGGCAGUUCAGUUUGACCUGUAACCUGUGCAGAUUUGAAUCUGGAGUAAUGUACUGCUGUUGCACUUUGAGCAAGCUGCUUGAGCAUAAUUGAUUCUAUCAAUGUCCAGCUGACUAAAGCAAUCUGUAAAGUGUAUGCUGGACAAGUGUACCUGCUUAAGCUGAAAUGUCUUAUUUGUUCCAUGUCUGACAGCAAAAAGUUUAAUCUGUUUAUCAGCCUUUCCCUGAGACAUGUUCCCAAAAAUAACUUUGCAGGAGGAGGCACAACAUGGGAGUGGGUACACAUUGCAUGAAAAUCUCACUAUUGGAGAAAGGGUUUUGUAGGUGAUAUUAAAUAAAAUUUAUACUGAUGAAAGCCA